UCAGCACUCAGGCAUAGUAGCCAUUGGUUUCGCUAUACAACACAACUUCCUUCUCCACUGAACAAAAAAUGGCUGAAAUAUUUCUUGGUCCACUCAUUAAGGUGCUAUUCGAGAAGUUAGCAUCCGGCGAUCUAUGGAACUUUGCACGUAAGGAGCGGAUUGAUACCCUGUUGACGAAAUGGAAGAGGAUGUUGGAACAAGUUGAGGCGGUGGUUGCAGAUGCUGAGGAGAAACAAAUCACUGAUCGUGAUCGGGGAAUCAAAUUGUGGCUAGAGGAUCUUGAGGAGUUGACUUAUGAUUUGGAUGACAUACUGGACGAGUUUGCAACUGAAGCUUUGCGACGAAAAGUGAUGAAAGAGCCUCGAGCUAGCACCAGCAAGGUACGUGCGCUCUUACCUAAUUGGUGCACAAGUUUCAAUUCAAGCACUCUAGUGUCUGAUUUUAGAAUGAGGUCCAAGAGGACCAAGAUGGAUGAGAUCACUAAAAGGUUGCAAGACCUUUUUGAUCGAAGGAAGGGGUUUGGCUUGGAAAACAUUAAUGCAACGGGGUCUGGUAAAGCUCCUCAAAGACGACCAACUUCGGCUUUGAUAAUUGAACCUUGUUUGUAUGGUAGGGAUAACGAUAAAAAGGCGAUACUAGAGUUGCUCCUAAGUGAUCAAUCUGGUAGUAACAAGGUUGGUGUAGUCCCGAUUGUGGGUAUGGGUGGGGUCGGCAAGACCACCCUUGCUCAGAUGGUCUACAAUGACGAGAUGGUGGAUGAAUAUUUUGAGAUGAAAGCAUGGGUCUGUGUAUCAGAAGUGUUCGACAUUGUAGGAGUGACAAAAGCUAUUCUUGAGUUUGUCACUAAAAGGCCGUGCGAGUUUAAAACCUUGGCUCAAGUUCAAGUUGUGCUAAAAAAGGAAUUGGCUGGUAAAAAGUUCUUGAUUGUUCUUGAUGAUGUGUGGAACAAAAAUCAUGCCGACUGGAGCAGUUUAAAGAGUCCUUUCAAUGAUGGGGCCCCGGGAAGUAAAGUCAUUGUAACAACACGCAACAGUGAUGUUGCAUUUACAAUGGCGGGACCCAAUAAAUAUCACUUCCUAAAGGAACUAUCCGAGGAUGAGUGUUGGUCAGUGUUUGCACAACAUGCAUUUCAAGGUAGAAGUAUGGAUGCAAAUCAAAAUUUGGUUUCAAUUGGUAAGGAAAUUAUGAAAAAAUGUAAAGGUUUGCCUUUGGCAGCUAGGACACUUGGUGGCCUUCUACAGUGCAAGUUGACCGAGGAUGAAUGGAAAGGAGUAUUAAACAGUAAAAUAUGGGAGUUAUCAGAAGAGGAAAGUCACAUUCUUCCAGCUUUGAAAUUAAGUUACUAUCACCUCCCUUCGCAUUUGAAGAAGUGUUUUGCAUACUGUUCCAUUUUGCCCAAGGAUUACGAAUUUGAGGAGGAGGAACUAGUUUUCUUGUGGAUGGCAGAAGGCUUAAUUCCGAAGCAAAUAGGGGAAAGGCAAAUGGAAGAUCUUGGUUGUGAGUACUUCCAUGAAUUGUUAUCGAGGUCAUUUUUUCAACCAUCAAGUAGUGGUGAACUAUUUGUUAUGCAUGAUCUCAUCAAUGAUUUGGCUCAGUUUCUUGCAAGAAAAACUUGUUUUAGGCUGGAGGAUAAGUUGAAAGAGAGUGAAGGAGAUGAAAGUAUCAGUAAGGCUCGACAUUCAUCCUACACACGCAGGGAUCGUGAUGGCAUAAAGAAGUUUGAGGCCUUUACGAAAGCCAAAAAUUUGCGGACUUUUUUACCAUGUGGGUCUAGGUAUCAAGAUGCGUCCUACUUGACAAGCGACGUUCCCCUCCGUCUGUUGCCGAGUCUUAGACGUUUACGUGUGCUUAGUUUGCAAAUGUAUAAUAUUGGUGAACUUUCGAGUUCGAUUGGGGAUUUGAAGCAUGUAAGGUACCUUGACCUUUCAUGUGCCUUGAUUUUAAUUUUGCCGGGAUCAAUAUGCACCCUCUACAAUCUACAAACGCUAAUUUUGAGGGAUUGUAAAAAUCUCAAGAUGUUGCCUGCAAACACUAGUGACUUGAUUAGUUUGCGUCAUCUCGAUGUUACUGGUGCAAAUUCCUUACGAGAAAUGCCUCCAAAUAUAGGAAAAUUGACUAGUCUCCAAACUUUAUCAAACUUUAUUGUUGGUAAUGGCAACGUGUCUACGAUAACUGAGCUGGGCAACUUGAUUCAUCUUCGAGGGACACUUAGCAUAUCACGCUUGGAGAAUGUGGUUGAUGCGAGGAAGGCAAACUUGAAGGAUAAACAAGGCUUAGAUGUGCUAUCAAUGGAAUGGAGUAACAUCUCGGAUAAUUCUCGCAACGAAAGUGUUGAAUCAAAAGUGAUUGAUAUGCUAGAACCUCACAAGAAGUUAAAAAAGCUUUCCAUUAAUGGUUACGGUGGCUUCACAUUCCCAAAUUGGGUUGGGAAUUCUUUGUUCUCCAACAUGGUCUACUUGAAGUUCCAAAAUUGUGAAAAAUGCACUUCCUUGCCACCUCUGGGGCAGUUACCAUCGCUUGCAAAACUCUACAUUCAAGGUAUGAAGACAGUACGUAAUGUUGGACUUGAGUUCUAUGGGAUGGGUUGCCCAAAUCCUUUUUCAGCUCUAAAGAUUUUAACCUUCGACGACAUGCCCGAAUGGAAAGACUGGACUCCUUUUGGAGUCGAGGAGGGAGCUCAAGCAUUUGCUCGCUUAUCAAAGCUCUCCAUUAAAAGAUGUCCAAAGCUUUCGCAUGAGUUGCCAAGAAAUCUUCCUCGUUUAAGAAAUUUGGAUAUUGAGGAGUGCCCGGUGUUGGUGGUAGCGUGGAUCCCAAGCCCUACGGAGCUGAAUGAAGUGAAAAAUAUGCUUCACUUUGAUUCACUCGUGUCGUUGCAUCUAAAAGAUGUUUCUAUUGCCGACUCCUUGGUUAGUUUAGAAGUUGGAGAUCAAGUAGUGCUCAAAAACUCAAGCCAUAGCCUCUUGAGCUCGCUGACUUCCCUUGAAAUGGAAAAUAUUCGGGGUCACAUAUGCCUACCCAGUUGGAUUUUUGAAGAGCUGACAGGAAUCCAAGAAUUAUCUCUCCGCGGUUUCGAAGAACUCACAACAUUGUGGGAGGAUGAAGGGAGACUACAAUACCGUCUCCCUGCCCUCCGACGUCUCACUAUUGAAGGUUGCCCCCAACUUAUUUCCUUGUUUGCAGAAGGAGAAGAAGGAGAUGACCUCAAAUCUCUUCAAGAGCUUUCCAUCUCCCAGUGUCCACGCCUCAUCUCUUUCCCUGUGUUGCCGUCUACGAUGAAAGAGCUGCAGAUUUGGGACUGUGAUGCGCUGGUGUCCCUACCUGAUUUGACGUUGCUGAAUAAUCUUGAGAAGCUGUAUAUUGAUUCCUGUCCAUCACUCGUGUACUUAAGUUCCGGAAGUGGGCUCCCACCCGCUCUCAAAGAACUGACGGUUAGUUAUUGUGCAGAGCUAAAGUUGCUAAUAGCAGAGGAGGGGAUUAAGAUCAAUUGUCCAUCUCUUGAAUCUAUUAAGAUCUUAGAGUGUGGGCGCCUCAAAACCCUACCAGAUGUCAUGCAAAAUAAUAAUGGUCUCAAGAAUCUCAGUCGACUGAAGAUAAAUCGGUGUCAUAAUCUGGAGUCCCUUCCGGAAGGAUGGUUUCCCACAACCAAUUUUAGGGAAUUUAAUAUCUCUACCUGCGAGAAACUCGAGCCCCUUCUAAACCGCGCGUACAAAAACCUCACUUCUGUUGAAGAGCUGAAGCUAUGCGGUUAUCCUGCGGUUACAGGACUCCUCUCCCACAUUCUUGAUGAAGGAAGUUCCUCCUACUUCACCAACCUCACUUCACUUUCCAUCGAGAAUGUCGACAUCGGUAAGCUGGGUGGUUUGCACCGAUUGUACUCUCUCAGAAAACUCUCCCUUCGACGUUGUGAUGGGGUGUCCUUUCCAGAAGAUGGGACAUUGUCGUUUCCCUCCUCUCUGGUCGUUCUGUACAUGAACUUCCCAAAUCUGGAGAAGCUAUCUUUCAAGGACUUUGAAAACCUCGUCUCUCUUGAAGUACUUGAAAUCGGAAAUUGCCACAAGCUCACGUCCAUUUCAGAGCUAAGACUGCCUCCCUCGCUUUCGGAAUUGUAUAUCACUGGCUGCCCCGAGCUUGCAUCGUUUCCAAAGCAAGGGCUGCCUCCCUCGCUUUCGGAUUUGUUUAUCUCUCGCUGCCCCAACCUCGCAUCGUUUCCGGAGCAAGGGCUGACUCCCUCGCUUUUGUAUUUGUGGAUCGAAGGAUGUCCGAUACUGAAACGACAAUGUGAAAAGAGGAAAGGCCAAUAUUGGCGCUUCAUUGCACACAUUCCUGAAGUCAUGAUUGACUGGAAAUCCGUCUUUGACCCAACAAUCGAUUGACCCAGGUGUGUUAACAUCCCCUUUGGCAUGUUAGUUCAACUGAUUUCGCUACAUCACUGACCCACUUCACAUGUACCACAUGAUAUCUUCAUGUUUCACACCCAGUUUGACAAUUUGACGUUCCGAGGAUAGGAAAUGGGCAUAUAUGUACGAACGGAGAUUGUAAAAAUUAAAAUGAUGCAAACACUGUUCAUGAUUCUACUUCUGUUUUUUUCUGCAACGGAAUUACAUAUUUGGUGGUGCAAUGAACACCAAAUUGAGCUUAUUGGUUUACUGAGAAAAAGUGAAACAUUAAUUCUAGUCACCUCGCCAAGAACGUUGAAGAAGUCUUCAUUGGUACUGUAUCUACUUUAGGCCAAUAUUGUAUUUGGCCAGUCACUUGGAAUUACAAAUUACUAGCACAUAAAUCUUGCUUCGACAUAUUAUAAUCAAGCUGUUAUGCAAGGAUUUUGAAAAAUGAAAACUUGUCAAGAGAAAAUCGAGAAGUGUGUGUUUGAACUUAUGUAUAGGGAAAAAUUAGUUCUAGAAGUGCAUGUAUUCCUGAUAGAUAUACCAACAAUAAACCUAACUUCUCCCAUAACCAUUCUUGAAUCACAAGUUUACAUAAUAUUGAUAAUCAAGAUUUAAUACGGAUGUUGAAACAUUUGAAGCUUUUUAAUGUGUGUGCGAGAAAAAUUU